AUGUCUAUACGGAACUUCUACACUAAAUCCCUUCGUUUAUCCGGAUUCCGGACUCCUCGUUGGCUUUUAUUCAAUUUGAAAAAUUCCUGCCAAAUUUCAAAGGACUUGAUUUCCGAUGAGCCUCUCUUUAUCUACACCUCCGGCCGAUUCCUAUACAAUGAAUCGAAACGACUUGAUGAACGAAAUAUGAGUUUUGAUGCCGCUGCGCUUAAAAUUGUCGUCCAAAAACAUGUUGGCCACGGAAAUGUCAAGAGCUUUGUCAAAUUGAGUGAAGGUGGUUUCAAUCAAGUGCUGCUAGCCACCAUGGAAGAUGACUUCAGGGCAAUAGCCAAAAUCCAUACAGGAUAUCCGUCCCGAAGACGUUCGCAACCGCCAGUGAAGUCGCAACCCUUACGUUUCUUCGCUCAAAGGGGAUACCGGUACCAGAAAUCUAUGGAUGGUCGUCCACCACUGAAAAUGCAGUUGGUGUAG